UUUUUGAUGAUAAAGGAUAUUUAAAAUUAACUGAUAUGGGAAUUGCUCGUUAAUGGAAACCAGAAAAUGCUUAAGACACAAGUGGAACUCCUGGGUAUAUGGCUCCAGAAGUUAUGUGCAGUAAAAUUUACAAUUUUUUAUUCUAAUUAAUUAGGAUAAAAUCAUGGAGUAGGUGUCGAUUAUUAUGCACUUGGAGUUAUUGUUUAUGAAUGCAUAAUGGGUAAAAGACCUUAUACUGGAAAAAGCCGUUAAGAAAUUAGAGAUUAAGUUAUUGCAAAAUAAGUUUAAAUAAAAAAUACAGAUAUCCCUGCUGGAUGGUCAUUAGAGGCUGUGGAUUUCGCAAAUAAAGUUGUUUAUAUAUAAUUUAGAUCUAGCUUAUAUAAAGAAAGCCUGCUAAUAGAUUGGGUGUGAAUGGCCCAGAUGAAGUGAAGGCUCAUUAAUGGUUUAAAGAUUAUUCUUGGGAUAAAUUAUUAGAGAGAUAAUUAACAUCCCCUUACAUCCCUAAAGAAGAUGAAAUGGUUUAAAUUGCUAAUGAAAAUCGUAGAGAUUCUGCUAAUGAGAUUGAUCCUGAAAGUGUUUUAAGUUUAAGAAGGAACUCUGUCUAAGGCAUUCAUUUUUAUAGAUUAUUUAGCUUAAUUCGGAGGUUAUAGUUUUAAUGGAAGCAAUAACAACAAUAACAAUGCUAAACCUUAAUCAACUAAUGUUAGUGUACCAGCAAUAUUGUCUACAAAGGCUAAUUGA